AUUUUAUUCGUUUCUCUUUUAGAAAUGAUGUUCAUUUUUUUUUAAUGUUCCUGUGAAUUUCAAAAGUAAUCUGGCCAACAGGAUACUGGAACAUUCCUGUCCCAUUAAGGUCGAAAGGGUUAAGGGAUGUGAAACAAUAACGACAUCGUUUUAUAAAGAUAAUUACAACUCGUUCAUACUGUUUGAAUGAUUUCGUUUAGUUGAAAGUUUCAAGUUGAAACCAGUCGAAACGCGACUGGUAAAGAAAUAACUCGUAGUUAUCGGGUGGUAAUAGUUGUCAGUUCGGAACUUGACCACAUAGCGCCACUCGUAAUCGACGGAGAACGUCGCCUGCCGUAGAGUACACCCAGGCCAGGCGAAAAGGCGUCAAAAAGUUUGCGAAUUUUCGUGUGUCUGGGGCUGACGGUGGGUGCCGUAUUGUUGCGUUGCCGCGGAUUGUCGCGUCUCGCGCGUGUGUGCGUACGUGCGUGACACGUACGAGGCGUGUACUUUUCCGGGGUGCGGUGCGUUCGCACGAACGAAAAAUCGUGAGGGAUCCUCGGAUCUUAAUAUGCUCGAAGGAUCGGCCAAGUUCAGGAAAAAGAGGUGCUCCGCCUGAAGAGAGUGCACGGAGCUGCGCGCAUGCUUCCGUACCUGCUCCCUCGCCAUUUUGGAGAUAGAAUGUUAAAUUUUGGAAUGGACUGACAAAGGAUUAAGCAAGAUCAUAAAAUUUCAAGUAGAAGAUUGAAAGGCUUGGAAGACGUCUAACGGUGUCUGAAAUAGGCCUCGGCCAUUUAGUUAUUAACACCUUUACUAUGCCAGCUGUUCCAAGGCCUGGUAGCCUUAAGGACCCAGAGAUCGCUGAAUUAUUUGAGAAAAAUGAUCCGGAGAAAAUAUUUGAGGACUUGCGCGAAAUCGGGCAUGGCAGUUUUGGAGCUGUUUACUAUGCACGAUGCUUGGUUACCAAAGAAAUUGUUGCCAUCAAGAAAAUGUCGUACUUGGGGAAGCAAACUGUCGAAAAAUGGCAAGAUAUCUUGAAGGAAAUUCGAUUUCUUAGGCAACUACAUCACCCUAAUACGAUAGAGUAUAAAGGUUGUUAUCUCAGGGACCACACUGCUUGGCUGGUAAUGGAAUAUUGCCUUGGAUCUGCAUCAGAUAUUAUCGAAGUUCAUAAAAGACCUUUAAAAGAAGACGAGAUAGCCGCAAUUUGCGAAGGUGUGCUACGCGGUUUGCAUUACCUUCAUAAUCUUGGAAGAAUUCACCGAGAUGUAAAAGCAGGAAAUAUUUUACUUACCGAGAAUGGAACGGUAAAAUUAGCAGAUUUUGGAUCUGCCAGUAUAAAAUGUCCAGCAAAUAGCUUCGUAGGAACUCCUUACUGGAUGGCACCAGAAGUGAUAUUAGCUAUGGAUGAAGGCCAGUAUGAUGGAAAAGUAGAUGUAUGGUCUUUGGGAAUAACGUGUAUUGAAUUAGCAGAGCGGAAGCCACCGUAUUUUAACAUGAAUGCUAUGAGUGCUCUGUAUCAUAUUGCUCAGAAUGAUACUCCGACUCUGAAUUCGCCAGAUUGGUCAGACGUUUUUCGUCACUUUGUUGAAGUCUGUCUUACCAAAAGUCCAACAGAAAGGCCAGCCUCUGGUAGAUUGUUAUCGCAUCAAUUUGUCACCAGAACACCUUCUCCUCAAGUUUUGAUAGAUUUAAUUCAGAGAACAAAAGCUGCUGUGAGGGAAUUGGAUAAUUUGAAUUAUCGGAAAAUGAAGAAGAUACUAAUGAUCGACGCUUGCGAGACUGAAAGUACAGUUGGUGAUGCUGAUGAUACACCUGAUGAACAAACAGGUGGUGACAGUAGCAAGAGUAAUUCAAUUACCUCUGAGCAUUCGAUUCAUUCGAUGGGUGUUUCUGCAAGUUCUCAAAGUUCCUCCACUAACAGCCUGCCACUGCCAAACGCUGAUGCAAAUGAUUAUUCCACUGGAUCUGUACGAAAUCGGCAUAAAAUAUCAGCAGGUGGUGUUACUGCCAACCUUCUUGAACACGGUGCCAAUAACUUUGCAACAAUUAGGACGACAUCGAUUGUGACUAAGCAACAAAAAGAACAUAUGCAAGAAGAAAUGCAUGAACAAAUGAGUGGAUACAAAAGAAUGAGACGAGAACAUCAAGGUGCUUUGGUGAAAUUAGAAGAGCGUUGUAAAAUGGAAAUGGAAUCGCAUAAACAAUUACUAGACAAAGAAUACGAAACUCUUUUACAACAAUUUAGUAAAGAAUUGGAGAAACUUCAAUUAAGGCAUUUGCAAGAAUUAGAGCGUAAACUUAAACAAAACCAAAAUGCGGAAAAGAAGCUUCAAAAAGAAAUUACAAGUAGACAAGAGGCUGAUCGGAAAGCAUUAGAAGCACAGCAAAAGAAACAGUACAAAGCUUAUAAAGAGAGAUGGAAAAAAGAAUUGUCUCAAGAUGAAGUUACUCCAAAACGACAACGAGAUGCUACACUUCAAACUCAAAAACAUAAUUUACGACAGAUGGAAGCGCAAGAAGAACAACGACUUGCAAGAGGGCAAAGAGAAUAUCUCGAUUUAGAAAUUCGUAAAUUCCGCAGAAAAAAGUUGCUUAUUUUUCAUAGUUUGGAGCAAGAACUACUUCGAGAAGAAUUAAAUAAGAGGCAACAGCAAUUAGAGCAAGCACAUGCUAUGUUGUUACGUCAUCAUGAAAAGACACAAGAACUAGAGUAUAGACAACAAAGAGCUGUUCAUGCUCUUCGAGAAGAUCAAGUUCAUCGGCAACACACGACUGAACUUUCUAAUCAACAAGAUUAUAUGAAUAGGGCGGAGCGCGAUUUGCGUAAGAAACACGCAUUGGAGCUCAAGCAACAACCGAAGAGUCUCAAACAAAAGGAAAUGCAGAUUCGAAAACAAUUUAGAGAGACGUGUAAAAUACAAACACUGCAAUAUAAGGCAUUGAAAGCUCAAAUAUUACAAACCACAGUAAAAGAAGAACAAAAGGCGGUUAUUAAAAAAUUAAAAGAGGAGCAAAGAAGAAAGUUAGCUUUGUUAGGUGACCAGUACGAACAAAGUAUUGCCGAAAUGCUUCAAAAACAAAGUAUACGUUUAGAUGAGUCGCAAGAAGUUGAAUGUCAUAAUCUUAAGGAAAGAUUGAAUUACGAACUAGAAAUUCUAAUGGCAUAUCAAUCUAAGAACAAAAUGCAAGCUGAGGCGCAAAGAAAUCGGGAACGUCGCGAAUUAGAAGAUCGAGUAUCAGUCAGGCGAGCUUUGCUUGAACAAAAAAUGGAAGUUGAAACUCAGGAAUUUCUGCGAGAACGUAGUGAACGGAUACGUCUACUACAUGAAAGACAGGAACGUGAAUUACAACAAUUUGACGAGGAAAGUGCAAGAAUAGGAUUCAGUGCUCUGGCGAUAGCUGAGGCAUCAAAAGAAUCUUACCCAGACGAUGAAAGCCUUAGUGGCUCAAUGUUAAGUCUGGCUCACAGUAAUAGUUCUACAUCCUUCCCCCCUAAUAGUCUUUAAUUUUAAUCAUAAUAAUAGAAUAUGUAUGUAUGUACGUUUGCCUGUAGUGAGUGCAUAAUGAGUCUACCGACGUUUAAUUCAAUGACUUACAUACAUAGCAGAAGUUGGCUCGUUUCGUGCAUUGAUUCAAACCUAAGAGGUUUGUUAGGGUUGGGAAUGUGUAUUGGACUGAAAUUAAUGUAACAGCAUAUUUUUUAAUUAUCAAAAUAUGUCAACGUGAUCUAUCUGGAAAGAGAGCUUCAUAUUGAAGAAGAACUUAGAUGCUUUUUGCAACGUUGUAAUAUUUAUUAACCAUAUCCAAAUACCUUGUGAAGUAAAUAGAAGUAAAGAAGAUAAACCUUUUAAGUAUCAGUCUUAUCUACUAUACUGAACAAAAUGAGUCUUAACGUUCUUGGGCUUAAAGUAAGUCAGCUAUUAUAGCAUACGGAAAAUUUUAUAUGCGAUUACAGAAAAUGUUUAGAUACAUUUAUUUAUCACUAUCUUGCAAUUAUAAUAAAAAAAAAACAGUAUAAUCAUAAUGCUUGAAUUAUAUGUUUGAUUUUGACUGAUUGAAGAUUUGAAAUAAGAGCAACGCGGAACAAUAUUUUCGGUAAGAUUCUAACCUAUCGAAGGUUUAGUAUUAAUUGAUCUUAUCGAUAAUUGCAUGUGUUGACCUUCUAAGUCUUAUUUCAAGCUUUCAGUAACACUUAGUCUGAUACAACAAAAGCUAAGUGAGUCGAUCUAUUUAUUUAAUUGCAUUCUUAAUGCAAUCAUUAAAUUUACAAAACGACAAACUAAUGAAAAUUUAUUUACAGUAUCCUAUGUUAUAGUUAUGAUAUUACAUUCAUAUUAGUGAAUAUUCGUUAUUUCAAUGAGAGAUUAAAUUCUAAAAUUGAAAAACACUUUUUUACUAUUUUAUACAAUUUGUUUUACAUUAUUAAGAAGGAAUGUCAAUAUCAAAAAUUAAAUUAAUAAUAAAAUUAUUGUUGAAUUACCAAAAUAUGACAGUGUACAUUUCAAAUUCCUUUCAACAUUGAUCUUCAUCUAACAUUUUUUUAAUCGAGAAAUUGGUAUAUACUAUUGAAAUAGUAAAUACUCUGAUAAACAUGAAACAAAAAUGUUUCUUGUAUUAAAUUUGUAAGAAAAAUGUAAAACAUGUGUAGAAUUGAUUUUAUUUGUUUCCUAUGUUCUAAUAGAUUGAUCUUUAAAGAUACAAUUUCAACAACUUAGUAUUUAAUAAAAGCAGUAUCAUCCUAUAAAUAUUUACUAUAUUUAGCACACAUCUCAGUUUAAGUCAUGCAUUUGUUCAAAAUACAGGUAAUCAAUAAAACAAAUGCCAUUGUUAUUUAUGUAUUGUGAUUUUAAAUUAUAGAUUAAAAAAUUGUUUAAAGAAAAGUAUUUUAUUAUUGCAUUCAAGGACUCAUUUGAUUUUGCUCGUCAUAAAUCAGAAAUUUAUACAUACCAUUACCUUAACUUGCCAAAAUGAAUCUGCAAACAUUAUUCUAGUCUGAAUGUUGCUUCCAGUAUACCACAAAUCUUUUAUGUUAAUAAUUUUGCAGGUAUCAGUAUGGUACUUCUAACUUCACUAUUUAUUAGAAAGGUUAUAAUAUAGCAUUAUUAUUAUUCUGCUGAUACUAUCAUUUCAGUUAUAUUCUGUUGUGAUUAUCUGAAGUUUCCAUCCAGUACACAUCCCAAUGUUGUACUCUUAUAAUGUAGUAUCUAAUUUGUUUCUUUCUUUCUUUUUUCAUUUAAUACAUUUCCAUGUACUUUUCCGUUUUAUAUAUAUUCAUCUUCGCUAUGAAGUAUUAAAUUUGAAAUCAGAUUGUGACUCUUCCUUAAAAUAUGAUUAACGAAAAUAAUAUUUCAAUAUGUAACUGUUUGUGUUAGAUUCAAAAUGUUUUCGUUGACAAUUACAUAUUUUUUUUUUUUAGAAAAUUUCUACUAUGUAACAUAUAAUAUAUAGUUAUCUACUCGAUGUUUUAAUGCAAUAAAAAUUGAUAUCUUUACAUAAAUGUAUCAAUUUGUAUAAUACAUAAUAAGUUAAGUUAAAUAUAUCUUAGUAUAUUUCUUCCAUGUGGAAAUAACAAAAUAAUUAUGUAAUAUAGUAAAUGUAGUAAAAAGCUUUAAUUUGAAAAUAGCAGAAAAACUACCUUCAAUUACAUACUUGUCCUUUUAAAAAUUACUUUGUGGAAUUAAAAACAUUCAGAUAAAUCUCAGGAAAUAUCUUUGUAAUACACCUUAACAUUAUUUACAUAAUGUAGCUCACAUUCCAGUUUUUCUUAUGUACAAUAACAUUAUCUACUGAUGAUGAUUUAAUAAAAUAAAAUCAAAAUUCACAAUAAACAGAGUAUAUUAAAAAAACAAUUUUAAAUGUGUUCAAUUACAGCAAUUACAAUUAUAAAAGCUGAUAUAAAAAAGGAAACAUUUCUGUAAUUAUGUGUUUAAAACUAUUUAAAUGAAGAUGGUCACAAUCAACUGAAACAUUUUUUUUGUAAUAAUACGAUAUGUAAAUAUAUACACAUAUUAUAUACCAGAAAACAAUGUAGUAACUAACUGCGAAGAAGCCUGUAGAAUUACAUGUGUGUACUACAUUUAAAUUCUUCCUUAGAUUGUACUUUUAGAAAGAUGUAUGAAUUCAAUAGAUACUCUUAGCGAAUUACUAUAAUUGAUACUAAACAAUGUAGACUAAUAGAGACCUUCGUGCUACAUUCUAAAUUAUAGUAUAAUUAAACAAAGUAAGCCACAAAUUUUCAAUCUUAGUCUGCUUGCAAUCCAUAUACCAUUUUAUAAAAUAAUUAUAAAUUUACAGAGAAUUAUCAUAACAAAAUGGACUUUUUGUUUAAAUUUAAUGACAUAGCUAAUUUUAAAUACAUAAUUAUAUUGUAUGUAUAGUAGUGUGGUUGAUACACAUGUUUAAGAAUAUUCUCGUAAAUAAUGCGUGAAAAGAAAUUUUUAAGUACAAUGAAUGUUUGCAUAUGAAUCUGCAAAGUCAUUCUAUAAAAUUCUUUAAAAAAUCGAAUUCUUGAUUUACAUAUUAUUUAAAUUAAGAUUCAUAUAUUUUAGACUGUGAAAAUUACAUUUAAAAUGUAGUUAUUAUGAAAAUAUUUUGCACAUCUCAAGCUAAUAUCACAAUAACAAAUUUUGUAUUACUGUUGCCAAGUUUUGUAGCUUUUAGAAGAUGUAAAUGUUAUCGUUUUUCAACUUGAAAAGUGUAUUAAAUUUGAUCGUAAUGUAUAAGAUUUUGCAGUAUUUUCGUUGGCCUAGUAAAUACUAUGGAACGUUUUCUAUGAUACAGUCAAUAUUUUAAUAAUAUACAUCUAAAAAUUUAUGGAUUGCAUACAAAGACUAAUGUAUAAUACUUAAGAAUUAUACGUAAUACAAACUACAAGUUUUCAUAUUAGAUUCCAAAAAUAUAAGUAAAUGACAUUUUCAAUUUCAUUUAAAUAUAAGAAGUCAAUAAUAUUACAAUAUAAGAAACAUAUAUAUUUUAGUAUACGACAAGUAAUUGGUAGAUGGAAUUUCUGUUUUUAAAGAUGAAAUAAAUUAUAUUUCAAAACUUUAUAUGAAACAAGCAGGUACACAAAAUAAGUAGCAGAUAUAUUAGAAGUAAAUUUACUUAUUGUCCAAGUCCUGUAAUAAAUAGAUAUUGCAAGUAAUGAUUUUGUCAAUCUUCUUCAAAUUGUUGCUGAAAAAUUCAGCACAAUACCAAUUGUGGAAUUUUGUAUUUACUUCGUAAAUGUGGCACGACUUCUCUAUAAGUCUAAUUGUACAUAUAUAUACGAAAACAAAAAAAUAAGAAAAACGCAACUGUUGACCAUAUGUGAUUAUUAUCACAAAUUGCUGAACAUUAAUUUAGAACAUUACUUUUCACUGUUGCUAGCAUUUUGUAAAUAUUGAUUCUCUAUGUGUAAGUUUUGAAAUUGAAUCUUAAUUGUUACGAUGUCUAGAAUUUAAUAUCAUAGAAUUUAUUGAAUUCUCCAAAGCUAUGUCUCUUAACUUGAUAAUUUGAAUUUGAAACGUGAUAUAUAAGCUAGCCAAUUAAUCGUAGGCAUGGCAUGUCAACUACUAAUCAAUACCUUAUGAUUAUUUGAUCAGCUUAUUUCUCACUUAUUUCCAUCCAUGUGUGAUUUCAGUAUUUUUUUAGAAAUUUUCUUUGCAGUAUAUUUACUUUUAUCAAGCAAAGCAUUAUUUUUUGUUCACAUUGUCAGACAGUAACGAAAAUAUUACUCUCAUUGAGUAACAAAUGUACUGGUGAAUAUACUAAUAUACAUAUACUGUAGAUAUAACUUUUCGUUUGAAGUAGAUAAAUUAAUAAUUUUCGUUUGAAGUAGUGCUGUUUUCUAAUGAGGAAAAUCUACAGUAUAAUAUGUAUAAUAUAAAUAAUAUGAUCACUGUUCACAAAAACUAACAUUGAUCAAAUUAUAAAAAGUAAGAAAACACUUCAGAGCACGCAUAGACGGAGAUUUAUGAGAGAUUUUGUGGCAAUACUUGCACAUGUUUUAUGUGAAUAGAAAAAUAAAACUGUAUGCAAAGUUGAUAAUGUAACUUUAAAAGUUUUUUAUAUAAUUAUGGAUAUUAAUGGAACAGUGGUAGAACGUCUGUCUGCCUUCCACUUAAUAAUGAACUAAACUUCUUCUAGUAUUAUAUUAAGUCAAAUUGUUUUAUCUUACAUUCAAUGAACAUGUAUGUAUGUCUAUAAUAUAUUUGCAGUAUCAUUUGA